CAAAAAUGAAUAUUAUCAACAACAGUAUCAAUAUUAGUUAUAAUUUCAGCAUAGCAGUGAUUAAAAAUCCCUCAUUGACAUUAUCAUUAGACAUUUAUAAAAAUAAAAUAAAAGUACAAUAGUGUCACAGUGGCUUACACUUGCAUCGCAUCUCAUAAGCUUGACAACACACUGUGUCCAAUGUUUUCACAAAGAUAAAAUAAGUUGUAUUUUUGGUUCGUUUAAUAGUUAAAACAAAUUUACAUUAUUGCAAUUAGUUGAUAAAACAUUGUCCUUUAAUUUAUAAAAGCUUUUUUUAAAAAAAUCUACUACUCUGCUAGCAUGUCAGCAGACUGGGGUAGAUCCUGCUGAAAUCCUAUGUAUUGAAUGAGUACAGAAUCGUUUUGAAUCAGAAAAAUACCGUUUUUGAAUCGAGAAUCGCGUUGAAUCGAAAAAAAUCGAUAUACUAUUGAAUCGAUAUUGAAUCGAAUCGUGGCACACCCAAAGAUUCGCAGCUCUAAUAGCUAGCGAACAUCCAAUCUGCAGUCGGCAGUGUUUUAGCUACUUCUAAAUCACUAAUCUCUGCCUUCAUGGUGACGAAUAAAGUAAGUUUCUUAUAAGUAUCAUCCCUGCAGGAGGAGGAAUAGCUAAACAUGCUUCACUAGUGGUCGACAGUAGAGGUGCGGCACUCUUUCAUCCAUGAUCCCGCACCCCUAGUGCAGGAAAUGGAUGACAAAGUUGUCAGUACAGAGAAAGCAGAAGAAGCCAAGAUAAAGGUCAUGCAUCCCAAUCUUGGAGCUAGACCGGGAGGUUCAGAUUUUCUGAGAAAACGACUUCAGAAAGGGCUAAAGUACUUUGAUUCUGGCGAUUACAACAUGGCCAAGGCCAAAAUGAAGAAGAAACACUUGCCAUCAGCCCCAACAGAGAAGGCUCAGAUCACAGGUGGUCACAUCCCGACACCUCAGGACCUGCCUCAGAGAAAGACCUCUAUUGCGACAAGCAAACUGGCUGAGAGAUGAGUGUUUUUGUAGCUUUAUUAUAGCUCGGUAUAGCUCAUUUGGUAGAGCGGCCGUGCCAGCAACUUGAUGGUUCCAGGUUCGUUUCCCGCUUUGGCCAUCCUAGUCACUGCCGUUGUGUACUUGGGCAAGACACUUUACCCACCUGCUCCCAGUGCCACCCACACUGGUUUAAAUGGAACUUCGAUAUUGGGUUUCACUAUGUAAAGCGCUUUGAGUCACUAGAGAAAAGCGCUAUAUAUAAAUAUAAUUCACUAAUUCACUAGACACCGUAGGAGGAUCGCUAACAAAAGCUAGCGAGCCUGAACGUAAACAAAUGCCAUGGGUGGAUCUCCACCUGACAUCCACUGUAAUGAUACCAAGUCAUCAUCGGCGGUCACUCGAACGAGUAUGACGAUCCUCCUGGUAGGAGGUGUAUCCCUUUAUGGAGGAGGCCUGUGCGUGACUUUGUUUAACGUGGGGAGACUGGUGUACAGACAGUCACCAGACAAUCCUUAAACAGAAUGGGGUCAGGGUCCAGUGGCACGGAGUCCAAGACGACUGGGGACCCUUUUCUGCGGCUGGCUUCUUCCACCAUCGCAGCCGUUGUGGUAGUUCUUAAAUCUACCGUCUUCCGCCUGCUCUGCCGAAAAAGGUCUUCACCGUAUACCUAGCUAGGGGGCAGUCAGGUACUAGGCCUUUACAAGGGCCACCUGGGGUAACAGUAGUGAAGGGUUUAACCUCCUAGUGCCGCAAGACCCCAUAGAGGAGCCUUCACUGCCGGAUGCACUUUAACGUCAUGCCCAGGACACGAUACCAAGUACAAGAGCGAUACUACUAUGAUAACGUCAAUAUUUUUUAUCGUCACAAAAUCUUUUUUCUUUUUUUAAAUUCAUGUUAUAUUCACAUACUCAGGAAACAAGUCCCCGGACACAACAGAAUUUAAAUUAUCACCAAUGUAUGAUCCUCUAACUACCUAUCAGCUCGAUACCUAAUUUUGUGAUAUCAUCCAAAACUGAUAUAAAGUAUAAACUGUGGAUGCUUUUAAAAAAGGCUUAAAAAUCCUUCUUUUAAAAAAAAGCCUUUUCAUAGAUAUAUGCAUACUAGUUCUAGCUAUUAGGCUGUUCUCGUUUUUAUUAUUAUUAUUAAAAAAUUUUAAGUACACUGUAGCACUUUGAGGUCGUUUGCUCAAUGUAAAGUGCUUUUUAAAAAAUAAAAUCUAUUAUUAUCAUUAUUACAAAACAACAGAAGAAUAAGUGAUUAUUACAUUUUAACAGAAGUGUAGAUAGAACAUCUUAAAACAGAAAAUAACCAGAUAUUAACAGUUAAUGGACAAGUAGAUUAAUAAUACAUUUUUACAGUUUGUCCUUAAUAAUUUUGACAAAAUAAUAGAGUUACAAGUGACACAAUAUGUUACUGCAUACGCCAGCAGACAAUUUAGGAGCCUUUGUUUGCUUACUUACUACUAAAAGACAAGUCGUCUAAUGUUCACUAUUUUUUCAAGAACAAAAUUGUUAAUAUUAAACAGAUGUUUGAUUUACCCUAAGAUUUUUUGUUAAGACAAAGCCAAUAAUGGCAUUUUUUGGUGGUCUGAUUAAUUUAGAAAAGUAUCGAAAUACAUUCUUUAUAACAAAAUAUUUGUAAAGGGAAAACCCCAGUCCUCACAAUCAUGGGUCAUAGUGAAAUGAUGUUCUAACAGUAAAUACGUAUGUGUCCUACUCUAUUUGUUAUCGUUACGUUGUUGUAUGUGAUAUAUGGCGUUUAUUACAUUGGAUAGGAGUACAGUAACAGUGUAUAUGUAAAAAGUGGAUAAUAGCUGUCAGAAUAAUUGAAUCCAAGUUAUCACAAAACAUUGUGUUGCUAUGAGUUCCCGGCGAGACGACAAAAGCUGUCUUUAAUCCUACCAAGAAGACGGCUUGUAAAACUCCACCGUGUAGGAUGGGAAGCAACAUGAAGGUGUUCUUUUUCUUGGAUGUAUUUUAAUCCACAGAAUGAUUUUGUCAUGACCCAAAGACUUGUAUUUUUUCUCCCCCCCUCACCCCCCGUUUACCUGUAUCUCAUCUUUUUUGUAAGGGGCGCUGGAAGUCGGCAGACCCGUCACCAAUCCUGUUCUGUCUCCCUGUAAUGUUUGUCUGAUCUUGAAUGGGAUUGUGCUGAAAAUUUUAAUUUUCCUGAAGGAACUCUCCUGACGGAAUAAAUAAAGUACUAUCUAAUCUAAUCUAGAAAGCAGGAUCUGCCCAAGUUCCAGGCACCUCUUCUUUGAACUCUUUUACGACAUUUUCUAUGAACAGACCUUUUCUUUUAACUGUUUUGUAAUCAAAGUCGAUGGCUUUUUACGACCCUCGUCCCUUUAGAAACAGCUGUUGCCAUGUAAUCAGGGAAAGUCUAAAUAAAAGAGGAUCCGUACAAUCUUUGGUCAGAGCGUAAUGACACUGUACAAGGGUACAGAUGUACACGUUUCUCCGCACUGAGCCAACUUUAAUUCUGUCUCUGAUUCCUUGCUUCUUGUCUUGUUUAAUAGAUGUCAUCAGUGCUUGAACCUGACAAUAGCGCUUCUUGGAAACACACUGGAACCCAGUGUUAAAAUAUGACUAAAAAUGUAAACAUUGAUACCACUAUGGUUUAAACCCCUAAUUACCUAAUGGGAAAAUAUUGCUAAAAAGCAUAUAUAUAAGAGUUCAUUAAUAUACUUUUAAAUAUUAGGAAUAUUUUAAAAAUGUAGUAUGUCAUUCAGGAAGUAAUUUUGUUGAGGCAUUGAGCAGCCGAUCGUGUCAUAGUAUUGGGAUCAGUGUUGGCCAAUAGAUCAAGUGUACCCUUGUCCGCCCAUGUCUCGGCGUGGCCUGUGUCUGUUGCAUCAGUCCUUCGAGAGAGACACAGGCAGACAGAGAGCCUUGUGUCUGUGUUAAUGAAAGCUAGCAUGGCAGGUAGCUGCCUUUGUGGUGGAAAAUACACAAGAGAUUGAUACUGUAGUCCAAAGGCUGUAAAACCAGUCAAGCUGAGAAAGCUCCGUGUUGCAUCUGGGUCUACCCCAUUGUCAUGUUUUUUUAAUUUUUAUUUCCUGGACUGGAUUGUUUUUGGACUGGAUGCUUCUGUUGACUAUAUCCCAGAAGACCACAGAUUUCCAUAAUUGGAUGGCGACCCAAAUGGUUUCAUUUAUAGACACAACUGAGACCAUACAAACAUUGGAAAUGUCUAUUUUGUAUCUUGAUUUUACAACCGCUGUAUUUGUUAUAUUGUUGUGCACAGUUUUACAAUCGAAUGUUGCAAGUAAAUGCAAUUUUUUUUUUGCAAAUUCUGUUUACGUGUUUUAUGUUGUUGCACAUUCUAGACACCUACGAAUUUAAAACGUGUCUGAGAUGGCCCAAUUGUCCUUUCUGUUCAAGUAUUGCAGUUGAAGUUACCUACACCUGCCUUACACUAAUACAAAAAUGGUGCACAGACAGCACUAUAAGUGUUACAACAUACUGUCUGAGGCAAGCGUGGAAAAACACAGCUCAUUUGCAUUAAAGCCACAGACACACAAAACAGUGCGUUCCCUGUAAGGUUUACAAAAAAAGCUUUAAACUGUAAAACAAACAGCAUUAAUCAUAUAUGUUGAACAACACACUUUGAAGACACUAGAUAGAUGGAUAGUACAUUAUUGAUUCCUUCAGGAGAGUUCCCUCAGGAAAAUAAUAAAUUACUAGUGUAAGAUUCGGAAUUGUUUAUAAAUGAGAUCUGUCAAACAUAUUUAAUUGGGAUUAAUUGCAUUGUGUGUGUGGUUAACUCUUCAAUAAUCCCUGUCAAAGGCAGAUAGGUAGGAGUUUUUUUUCUUUAAUAAGUGUACCUUAGACCAGGGGUCGGCAACCCAAAAUGUUGAAAGGGCCAUAUUGGACCAAAAAUAAAUAAAAAAAUCUGUCUGGAGCCGCAAAAAAUGUAAAGCCUUAUAUAGGUGUUAUAAUGAAGGCAACACAUGGUGUAAGUGUCUAUAUUAGCCUGACGCAAAUCUCCGUUGACAGAAAUGUUGAAAUGUAAUAUCAAUUCUACACAUUUUUACAACAUUGGAAAACAUUACUAAAACGGAGGCUUUUCAGAGGGUGUGAUAACUACUCCUGGAAAUUACUGCCUUAGAAUGGCCAAAGGUAAAGAUGUGUGUUUUCAAGUUGAAGGAAACAGAAUCUGCAAAUAAAAUGACCUCAAAUAUACCUAAAAUACGAGGCAUAAUGAUGCAUUAUGUACAUACAGGGGGCAUAAAUAGCAUCGAUUAGCUUGCAGUCAUGCAGUAACCAAAUAUGUCUGAUUAACACUCCACACAAGUCAAUAACAUCAACAAAGCUCACCUUUGUGCAUUCACACACAGCAUAAACCGUUUGAUGGACAAAUAAGAGACAAAGAAGGAGUGUGAUAAAACACGUCUUUCUGUGGCAAGUUGGGCAUGUAAACAAACUACGGUGAGUUCAAGGACUUCCGAAAUUAGUCGAACAAAAUGGCGCGGCCAAAAUGUUCUCAACAGUGAAGCAUGUUUAAUGUAAACAGUGGGAUUUCCAACAAUUAGGAAGGUUUGUGUCAUGUUCGUCCUCCUACAGAAACCAUAUUAAAACAAAAAAUAUAUUUUUUUCCUAAUCUUUUUCUAUUUUCAUACAUUUUUGACAAAGCUCCUGGGAGCCACCAGGGCGGCGCUAAAGAGCCGAUUUUGGCUCGAGAACCACUUGUUGCCGACCCCUGCCUAAGACGGAUCAAGUUUUUGAUGCUAUCACAGGGGACUGGAUAAUUAGUUUGCUUUAUGUUGCGUGCACGUUAUUUACGCAUUAUUUACGCAUUGAAAAAAAAAAGUGCCGUUAAAGGAAAUUAGCCUAAAUUUUUUACUAUUACAGCAUGAUUAUAAACAGAUUAAAUGACAAUUU